AGCAACAGCUGGAUCAAGUAAAACACGAGGAAAAUUGCUUCCAUCCCUAGGGGGAGGGAGAAAGAUUUGUUUUUGUCAGCCCAGAGCUGUGUGGGACCAACUUCAGGCGUUCAAACUUUGAUGUCAGAGUCAGGGAGGGCUCAGAAGGGAGGGGAAGGAGGAGAGGGAUCUGCAGAAAGUGAGGCAAGGAGGUGGGGAGCUGGAGGAGGAGUAAUCCUGCAGAAUCUGAGCUGCUGUGCUCAGCUCUGGGGAUGUAAAUUGAUGAGGUCAUAGUGUUUGCCACUUACAGAAAAGAAAGUUUUAAAGGGGAAAAAAAAAAAGAAAGUCUUCAAGUUGUUUUUCGAGAGAGGCGAAAACUCCGAGAAGCCGAAGGAAUGGAGCAACUUGUGAAACUCCUCCUGUGGCAGAUUUUGCUUCAGCAAAGUUCUGUGUGCUCAUAUUCAGUCCCAGCCGACGCCUCCAACCCCUCCAGCGUGGUGGUGUCAGUGCAGAACAUCAGUGCCGUGCUGGGCUCCCAGGCCGUGCUGCCCUGCAAGAGCCACCGCAUGGUGUGGACGCAGGACCGGCUCAAGGACCGGCAGCGCGUGGUGCACUGGGACCUGCUCAGCUCCUACUACGGGGACAGCAGGAUGGAGAGGCUCUGUGACAUGUACUCGGCUGGGGAGCAGCGUGUCUACAGCUCCUACAACCGCGGCAGGAUCCUCAUGCCCCAGAACGCCUUUGCAGAUGGCAAUUUUUCAUUGGUGAUUAAAGGUUUGCAGGGGGCUCCAAGAGAGCCAUCUCAGGUGUGCCUGGCUGUCCUUGACACCUGGAACUCAGGAUUCCAGGGCGAGCCGGGCAGCGAGUACUGGGACGGCGAGAAGCCGGUGCUGGUGGCGCCGCAGGGCAGCACGGUGACCCUGCCGUGCGUGAACCGGCAGCACGUCUGGACGGAGCGGCACAGCGAGGAGGAGCAGCAGGUGGUGCACUGGGACCGGCAGGCGCCCGGGGUGCCGCAGGACCGCGCCGACCGCCUGGUGGACCUGUACGCGUCGGGCGAGCGCCGCUCCUACGGGCCGCAGUUCGUGCGGCAGAAGAUGAACGUGAGCCGCCGCGCCUUCGCCCUCGGCGACUUCUCGCUGCGCAUCGCGCAGCUGGAGAGCGCCGACGAAGGGACCUACUCGUGCCACCUGCACCACCACUACUGCGGGCUGCACGAGCGCAGGAUCUACCGGGUGACCGUCACCGAGCCGCGCAGCGAGAGCGGGGCGGGGAACGGCACCGGCAGCCGCGCGCCGCCCGCGGAUCCCAACGUGGUCAGGGGCCACAAUGUCAUCAAUGUCAUCAUCCCUGAGAGCAGGCUGCACUUUUUCCAGCAGCUGGGAUACAUCCUGGCCACUCUGCUGCUCUUCCUCAUCCUCCUCAUCAUCGUGGUCCUGGUCACACGCAGGCGCCGGCAGAGAGCAGAUCCCAACGUGGUCAGGGGCCACAAUGUCAUCAAUGUCAUCAUCCCUGAGAGCAGGCUGCACUUUUUCCAGCAGCUGGGAUACAUCCUGGCCACUCUGCUGCUCUUCCUCAUCCUCCUCAUCAUCGUGGUCCUGGUCACACGCAGGCGCCGGCAGAGAGGUUAUGAGUACAACGUGAAGAAAUAUGGAGAGAAGGAUGUGAAUCUUAAAGAAUUUACAGUGGACACGACAGAUCUGAGCCCACACAAGAGUGAAGACAUCAGGCUGGAUUACAAAAACAACAUCCUGAAGGAGAAAGCUGAGCAAGCCAGAAGCUUCCCAGCAAAGAACAUUGAUUUAGACAAAGAUUUCAGGAAGGAAUACUGUAAAUGAAGACACUCCCAAGCUGCUGGCUGGACCAGAAGCUUCCAUCAGAGAUAGAUAACAUGGAAGAGAGAUGCUUUUUCUUAAUUCCAUCUCCCUCCAGUUCCCAUAGAAUUUUUUCCACAUCCACUUUUCCCUCACACAAGGGUGCAAAUGCUUCAUGAAAGAGUUAAACUGUCUUGUGUGCAUUUAUGGGGUUGGGUUGGCUUUUCUUCCUCUGUUCUCCCAACCCUCCCUUUCCCCUUUUCUUUCUUGACAAUUAUUGUUGGAUUUUAUGCAUCAAUGAUUUUUAUGAGCUGAAUCAGCAGAGGUUUUGCUUUGAUGUUAUUGCUUUAAAUAAAACCACCUGCAUCACUAAUCCUGAGCCAUCAUUCCACCAGGCAUUUUUCCAUGUAGUGAAUCCAUCAGGAUAACAAUGGCAAAGGCUGAUCCCUGUCCUAGGCUGGCCUAAAUCAUCUUG